AUGUGGGAUAAAAUAUGGAAUACUUGGGGUGGAUUUUCCUGCUGUUUUCCCCAGGAGCCCUGUCCCCAAAAAGCCACCCUGGCCAAGGUGGUGCCGACCCCCAACAACGGCUCCGUGGAAUUGGUGCCGAUCCACAGGGAACAGGGUGAAGAUGGGCAGGAGGUGCUGAGCUUCGAGUUCCAGAAAAUCAAAUAUUCCUACGAAAUCCAUGGAAAAAAACAAUUCCUGCCCGUGGCGUUCCCCGUGGAGCAUCCCUUGGGAUUCUACCAGAAUUCCAGAGGGUUCCAAGAGGAGCAGGAAAUCCGGGAGGCCGAGAGGAAAUACGGGAAUAACAAGGUGGAAAUGGUGGUGCCAGAAUUCCUGGAGCUUUUCAAGGAAAGAGCCACGGCUCCGUUCUUCGUUUUCCAGGUUUUCUGCGUGGGGCUGUGGUGCCUGGACGAGUUCUGGUACUACAGCGUCUUCACCCUCUCCAUGCUCGUGGCUUUCGAGGCCUCCCUGGUGCAGCAGCAGCUCCGGAACCUCUCGGAGAUCCGGAAAAUGGGCAACAAACCCUUCAUGAUCCAGGUCUACAGGAACCGGAAGUGGCGGCCGAUUUCCAGCGAGGAGAUCGUGGCCGGGGACGUCGUCUCCAUCGGCCGCUCCCCCCAGGAGAAUUUGGUGCCCUGUGACCUCCUGCUGCUGCGCGGGCGCUGCGUGGUGGACGAGGCCAUGCUGACAGGAGAGUCUGUGCCACAGAUGAAGGAGCCAGUGGAGGGGCUGAGCCCGGAGCGAGUGCUGGACGUGGGGACGGACGGGCGGCUCCACGUCCUGUUCGGAGGGACCCGCGUGAUCCAACACCUCCCGCCCCCGCGCGCCGCCGCAGGGAUCCGCCCCGUGGAUAACGGGUGCUUGGCCUUCGCCCUCCGCACCGGCUUCAACACCUCCCAGGGAAAGCUGCUCCGGACGAUCCUGUUUGGGGUGAAGAGGGUCACGGCCAACAACCUGGAGACCUUCAUCUUCAUCCUCUUCCUCCUCGUCUUCGCCGUCGCCGCCGCCGCCUACGUCUGGAUCCAGGGCACCAAGGAUCCCCGUCGGAACCAGUACCGCCUGUUCCUGGAAUGUGCCCUGAUCCUGACGUCCGUGGUGCCCCCGGAGUUGCCCAUCGAGCUCUCCCUGGCCGUCAACACCUCCCUCAUCGCCCUGGCCAAGCUCUGUGAGCUUUUUUUGGGAAUUUUUUUGGGAUGCACCAAGGAUCCCCGUUGGAACCAGUACCGCCUGUUCCUGGAAUGCACCAAGGAUCCCCGUUGGAACCAGUACCGCCUGUUCCUGGAAUGCACCAAGGAUCCCCGUCGGAACCAGUACCGCCUGUUCCUGGAAUGUGCCCUGAUCCUGACGUCCGUGGUGCCCCCGGAGUUGCCCAUCGAGCUCUCCCUGGCCGUCAACACCUCCCUCAUCGCCCUGGCCAAGCUCUCUUUGUUUCCAGAUGAGAAAGUUUUCCCGAGGAGUCUAAAAACUCCGGGAAUGAGAAUUCACCAGCGCUUUCAUUUCUCCAGUGCCCUGAAGAGGAUGGCGGUGCUGGCUUCCCUGGAAAACGCCUCCGGAGAAAUCCGAUACCUGGCGGCCGUCAAGGGCGCUCCCGAGACCCUGCACGCCAUGUUAUCCCAAUGCCCCAGGAACUACCACGAGAUCCAUCGGGAAUUCUCCCACGAGGGCGCGCGGGUCCUGGCCCUGGGAUACAAAGAACUGGGAGCCCUGAGCCACCAGCAGGUGCGGGAGAUGAAGAGGGAAUCCCUGGAAUGCGACCUGAGAUUUGUGGGAUUCAUCGUGGUCUCCUCCCCACUGAAAGCCGACUCCAAGGCCGUGAUCCGAGAGAUCCAGAGCGCUUCCCACCACGUGGUGAUGAUCACCGGGGACAGCCCGCUGACGGCGUGCCACGUGGCGCGGGAGCUGCACUUCCUGCGCCGGGAAAGCGUCCUGAUCCUGCAGGAACCCGAGCCCGGGCUGCCCUGGCAGUGGCGAUCCCGGGACGGAUCCGUGGCUCUCCCGGCAUUCCCGGAUUCCCUGCGGGAUCUGACGGAUCCCUUCGAGCUGUGCCUGACGGGGGAGGGGCUGGAGCAGCUCCGGCUCCGGGAUCGGGAUCGGCUCCUCCGGCUCAUCCCGCACAUCCGCGUCUUCGCCAGGGUGGCGCCCAAGCAGAAGGAAUUCGUGAUCACGGCGCUGAAGAGCCUCGGGUUCUGCACCCUCAUGUGCGGCGACGGCACCAACGACGUGGGAGCGCUCAAACACGCCGACGUGGGCGUGGCCCUGCUGGCCAACGCUCCGGAGCGCGUUCCCGAGCGGAGGCGGCGGCUCCGGGACGGCCUCGGGGACAGCAGGGCCGGAAUUCCGGCCGGGAAUGUCAAACCCUCAUCCCGAGGAGCCAAGCACCGGAUCCUGGCCCAGCGGGAGGAGCAGCUGCCCAUCCACAGGGAGCGGCUGAGCCAGGUGCUGCGGGAUCUGGAAGAGGAAAGAGCCCCAGUGGUGAAGCUGGGGGACGCCAGCAUCGCCGCUCCCUUCACCUCCAAACUCUCCUCCAUCCAGUGCAUCUGCCACGUAAUCAAGCAGGGUCGCUGCACGCUGGUGACCACGCUGCAGAUGUUUAAAAUCCUGGCUCUGAACGCUUUGGUGCUGGCCUACAGCCAGAGCGUGCUGUUCCUUCAGGGAGUCAAAUUCAGCGACCUCCAGGCCACGCUCCAGGGGCUGCUCCUGGCUGGAUGCUUCCUUUUCAUCUCCAGGUCCAAGCCCCUGAAGACUCUUUCCAAGGAGAGGCCUCUUCCCAACAUUUUCAACCUGUACACGGUGCUGACGGUGUUGUUGCAAUUCCUGGUGCAUUUCCUCAGCCUGGUGUUCCUGUACCGGGAAGCGCAGGAGCGGAGCGAGCCCAGGGAGGAGGAAUUUGUGGAUCUGAGCCGGGAAUUUGAGCCGUCUCUGGUGAACAGCACCGUGUACCUGCUGGCCAUGGCCAUGCAGACAGCCACCUUCGCCAUCAACUACAAGGGCCGGCCGUUCAUGGAGAGCUUGGCCCAGAACCGGGCGCUGCUCUGGGCUCUGCUGCUCUCGGCCGGGGCCGUGCUGGGGCUGCUCAGCGGAGCCUGCCCCGAGCUGGGGGUGGCCUUCGGUCUGGUGCACAUCCCAACCGAGUUCCGGCUGCUGAUCCUGGCGGUGCUGGCGGCCGAUUUCCUCCUGGCCUUUUCCGUGGAUCGGCUCCUGCAGCUCCUGCUGGGCAAUUCCCGCCUCCCGGUGCCUUCCUGAGGGCUCCUCCCGCAUUCCCAAAUUCCCAAAAAUCCCCAAAAUCCCCCAAAUCCCCCAAAUCCCCCAAAUCAUGGAAUCCACCGCCCCCCGGCCAAGGAGGAUCCCGGAUUUUUACCCUUUCCCGGCAGCUUUCCAGGUGGAUUUCUCGGGAGUUUUUUCAGGAUUUCCCCCGAGUUUCUCGGGUUGGUUUUUUUUUUUUUUCCCAGGAAUUUUUUGGGAAUUUGGCAGUUGGAGAAAAAAAUUCCUGAUCAA